AUGUCUUUUGAUCCAAAAGCAUACCUUCAGGCCCGGCUAGGCAAAAAUGAAGAAAAUAGAAAGGAAUCAUUCUACGGGAAAAGCUAUACAGAGCCCACUAGAAAAGCAUAUGCCUUCGCGUUAAAACAAUGGAAAAGUUUCGGAGAAGCACUCGGAUCAGAUCCUAAGCCUGAUCUGGAGACGAUUCAGACGUUCUUGAUGUGGUAUGGGCAGACAGCCAAGGGGUCAAUCAACGAUAGGAUUGCGAUAUCAACUUUCUACGAAAUGCUCAAAAACUUAGGAACUGUAUACAAGGCGGUGUAUAAAUACAAAAUUCCACGCGAUAUCAUUGACGAUAUCAAGUUUUAUAUCGAAACGGACUUGAAAGACGAACUUCAACUUCAGGAUAAGGAACGGGAAAAGGCGAUUGCGGAUUGGGCUGAUAUUGAAAACGCUGUGGAAUAUCUUAUACUACGUGAUAGCCACGAAUAUUAUAAUAAUCGAUAUCGAAUACAACUUGAAUGCAUCUUCUUGUUGAUUGCAGACGCUGGGGAGCGGAUCGGUGUGAUUGUUCGAAGUACAAGUUACAGUGCGAAGAAUUUCGGUACGGCUUUGUUAUACAGAGAUCUCAAGUUGUUUCGGCUACCAUCCACAGAACCUGAUGGCAGGCCACGAUUCAAGCUAGAGAUCACUUAUAAUAAUAGAAAAGGCGAACGAGGGAAUGAGAAGCAAUUUAUUGAGCAGACCUACUUCACAAGAGAUAUCCCUGGUAGCUGUGUUGUUUGCUGGAUUAUGGUCUUGUUGUUUUUGGAUGAUGUAUUCGAACAUUGUUCAUGGCCUUCCGAUCUAUUUCGAAACAUAGACACGAGUGUGGAGAUUCCCAUAACCCUCAAACGAAGCAAGCUGGAUAUACCUGUAUUUCGAUCAACGGAGCGAUCCAAGGACAUCUCUCCAACUCGUGUGGUUUCAAGUGACACGAUAACUGCGGAUGGCAGACGAGUAGUCGCUGCAGCAGGGUUUCGACAAUGA